AUGAAGGUGCAAAUGUUGCAGCUGCUCCUUCUUUUCGCAGUAAUUGACUUUGACAACACUGAUGUUGCCUGGAAAAAAUAUGAUUCAAUUACUGCAAGGGAGCCGUUUAAACAGUUUGGAUGCUCGGAGAGGCUCUAUCAGGGUGUUUUUGGUCCAUUACUUCGAGUGGGUUUGUUUGCUCCAGAGGAGCUAUGUAGUGCUGCAGCUUCUCAAGGGGUGCUAUAUUAUUUAAUUCUUGCCCACCAGAAACAUUUCGAUGUAGUAUUUUGUCGUGGGACCGCUAGAGAGAAGAUUUUUGAGCCAUGGGUGGAGUCUCCGAAGGCUAAAGGUUGUGAGAUGCUGGAGGAUAAGAAGGUGACUGAUAUCAUCUUCAAUGACGAAACAGGCUGCAUAACUGAAGUAGUUUGUGGUAAGGAGACUGACAGUGCUGAUACAGUUAUCUUGGCUGUUGGGAUUGCCACACUUCAAGAAAUUAUCAAGAAAAGUUGAGUACUGUUUAGUGCAGCAUUAUGUACGCGGGGAGAGUUUCUGAAAGUUUUAAACUUGGCUGGCAUAGAUGUGGUUACUGUCAAGCUGCAGCUGGAUAAGAAGGUGCGGUGCAUGCACAGAUCUUGUUGUCCUUAUUCUUUUGUCUUUAUUCCCUUAUCUUUCUUUCCCACAUUUGUUCAUCAUCCAAUUGCCUAAAAUUCUUUGUGAAAGAGAAUGAAACUGAGUUUUAUAACAGCUAUA